AUGGUUGGCGUCGAAAACGGCCGCGUAGGACGACCCUCACAAGCUACCAACGGCAUCAACGGUCAUGUCAAUGGCAAUGCUAACCCUCAACAAAACGGUGCUGCUCCCAGACACACUCAACGAGCCAACCCGUAUGCUCCACGCGCAUCUGACUUCCUUAACAAUGUGACAAACUUCAAUAUCAUUGAGAGCACUUUAAGAGAGGGAGAGCAGUUCGCCAAUGCAUUCUUCGAUACCAAGACGAAGAUUGCCAUUGCGAAGGCGCUCGAUGCUUUCGGUGUCGAAUACAUUGAGCUCACCUCCCCGGCAGCAUCGGAGCAGUCCCGCCUUGAUUGUGAAGCGAUUUGCAAGCUUGGCCUCAAAAGUAAGAUAUUAACACAUAUUCGUUGCCACAUGGACGAUGCCAGAAUCGCCGUUGAGACCGGCGUUGAUGGAGUCGAUGUUGUUAUUGGUACCUCUUCAUUCUUGCGCGAGUUCUCGCAUGGCAAGGACAUGACCUACAUUACCAAGACCGCAAUUGAGGUCAUCAACUUUGUCAAGUCCAAGGGCAUUGAAGUUCGGUUCUCAACUGAGGACUCGUUCCGCUCUGAUCUUGUCGACCUGCUCAGCAUCUAUCAAACUGUGGAUAAGAUCGGCGUCAACCGUGUUGGUAUUGCCGAUACAGUCGGAUGCGCGAACCCUCGCCAGGUUUUCGAUCUUGUACGUACACUCCGCGGCGUCGUAAGCUGUGAUAUCGAGAUCCAUCUCCACAAUGAUACGGGUAUGGCUAUUGCAAACGCCUAUUGUGCGCUGGAAGCUGGUGCAACACACAUCGACACUAGCGUUCUCGGCAUUGGCGAGCGUGUUGGUAUUACUCCACUUGGCGGUCUCGUUGCAUGCUUGUACGCCGCAGACCCAGAAUAUGUCAAGUCCAAGUAUAACCUGCCCAUGCUCCGUGAAAUUGAAAACCUUGUCGCUGAGGCUGUAGAGGUCAACGUGCCUUUCAUGAACCCAAUCACCGGCUACUGCGCAUUCACGCACAAAGCCGGUAUUCACGCCAAGGCUAUCUUGAACAACCCAUCAACCUAUGAAAUCCUCAAGCCAGAGGACUUCGGUCUCACGCGCUACGUCGCGAUUGGACACCGUCUAACAGGCUGGAACGCCGUCAAGUCGCGUGUCGAGCAGCUUAACCUCACGCUCACCGAUGACCAGAUCAAGGACGUCACAGCUAAGAUCAAGGAGCUCGCAGACGUGCGUACGCAAAGUCUCGACGAUGUUGACACUAUUCUGCGUGUCUACCACUCCGGCAUCCAGAGUGGUGAACUAAUGAUUGGUCAGAAGGAGGCGUUUGAUCGUCUUCUUCGUGAACACCGCGCCGCCAGCAUAUCUCAGGAACGCUCAAGCGAACCGAUUGCUGCAGCUGCGUAA